CAGUAACACGUCCUGGCCUCUCAGUGCUGCAAAGUGCCUUCCUUCUCCAGCUCUUAUAGGUAGAUUUUUCCUUGAGAGGCUUCACUUACCUCUGUCUAACAUCUCCAAGGCAUUCAGGUUCUCUGUCUGACCCCCUCCACCCUUUUCCCCCUUGAAUGUCUUUCCUUUCUUCCCUGUCUCCUUUUCCAGGAAGUCUUCCUUGACUGACCCUCAGUGAUUUUGCUCAGGGUCAUUGCUCCCUAUCCCCAGUACUGAAGUCCAGGCCUCUGGCUACUUCCUUGUCUUGGGGACAGGCCCAGCUCUCCCUCAGGGUCUGGGUCUCCUUCCUGGGGCUCUGCACGUGCCGGGCACUUAUUCUCCAGGUGUGUCAGACAGGUCAGCUGGAGACAGUGACAGACACAGUCAGGCCAAGAACAUCUUGCUCUCCAAGGCCCAGCCCAGGCACGGGAGGGGAUAAAAGUCUUGUGCCAGGGCCUCAGGGCAGGAACCACACAUUUUGACUCUCCUCUGCCUGUGUGCUGCUGUGACUGCAAGUCUCUGCCAUGUCUCUUUCCCCCAGCGGGGCCCAGAGGGGCUUCAGUGCUCGCUCAGCCUGUUCUGCUGGCUCCAGAGGCCGAAGCAGGGGUAGCUUCAGCAGCAGGAGCCUCAAUUCCUUCGGGGGAUGCCGAGGAGGCUCCCGUGGAGUGGCCUGGGGGUCAGGGGGAAGGCCUGGGGUGCGGUUUGGGGUGGGGAGUGGUGGGCCUGGGCUUUCCCUGUGCCCUCCAGGGGGCAUCCAGGAAGUGACCAUCAACCAGGAUCUGCUGACCCCAUUGAAGAUUGAGAUUGACCCCCAGUUCCAAGUGGUGAGGACUCAGGAGACCCAAGAGAUCAAAACCCUCAACAACCAGUUUGCUUCCUUCAUUGACAAGGUGCGGUUCCUAGAGCAGCAGAACAAGGUCCUGGAGACCAAGUGGCACUUGCUGCAGCAGCUGGGGGUGAGUGACAGCCCUCGGGGCCUGGAGUCUUUCUUCGAGGACUACCUGGGCCGGCUCAGGAAGUGGCUGGAGGAGCUCCAGAGACAACGAGGGACUCUGGAUGCUGAGCUGAAGUCCUGCCAGGACCAGGAGGAGGAGUACAAGGCCAAGUAUGAACAGGAGGCCCACAAGCGGGCCACGGUGGAGAAUGACUUUGUGGUUCUCAAAAAGGAUGUGGAUGAGGUUUUCCUCAGCAAGAUGGAGUUGGAAGGCAAGCUGGAGUCCCUGAGAGAGCACACCUGCUUCUUGAGGCGUCUGUAUGAAGAAGAGCUGGGCCAGCUGCAGACCCAGGCCGGCGACAUGUCCGUGGUGCUGUCCAUGGAUAACAACCGCUGCCUGGACUUCAGCGACAUCAUCGCCGAGGUCCGGGCCCGGUAUGAGGAGAUCACCCAGACCAGCAAGGCCGAGGCUGAGACGCUGUACCAGACCAAGUACCAGGAGCUGCAGGCAUCUGCCCAGCUCCAUGGGGACAGCAUGAAGGAAAUCAAAGUUCAGAUCUCUCAGCUGCAGCAGGCAAUCCAGAGACUGCAGAGACAGAUUGAGGACCUCAAGAAGCAGAAUGCCAACCUGGAGGCUGCCAUCGCACAUGCCGAGCAGCGUGGGGAGCUGGCUCUCAAGGAUGCUCAGGCCAAGGUGACUGAGCUGGAGGCCGCUCUGAGAACCGCCAAGCAGGACAUGGCCCGGCUGCUGCGACAGUACCAGGAGCUCAUGAGCACAAAACUGGCCCUGGAUGUGGAGAUCGCCACCUACCGCAGGCUGCUGGAGAGCGAGGAGUGCAGGAUGUCUGGGGAAUGGAACAGCCAGGUCACCAUCUCCGUGGGGGGAGGCAGUGCAAUCCUGUCUGGAGGAACUUGUGGACUCGGAGGAACUUGUGGACUCGGAGGUGGGUCCAGCUGCUCCAGCGUUGUAACUGGAGGCUCCAACAUCAUCCUGGGCUCUGGACAGGGCCCUGUGAUGGGGUCCUGCUCUGUGUCCAGCUCUGGCUCUGGCUCUGGCUCCAGCGGCCGCACCAUCCUGAAGAAGACUGUCGAAUCAAGUCUUAAGACGUCCAUUACAUACUGAGUACCGUGGCAGCCACUUGCUUUCCUGCCUUCCUGAACAUUCUCAGCCCUACCCCCACCCCAUCAUCCCAUCCCUGCAUGGCCAGUUGUGUGUCCACUGCCCACAGGGGAUGCUGCAAAAAUUAAUAAAGUCAUGUCUGUCUGCUGUUCUGAGUGCUGGCCUGGUC